CUAGUCGGAACUAUGAAACUCUAACAUUUCCGACGUGCUAUCUGGUUGAACAGGACCCUGGUAUGACUAGGAAAGCAAGUCGUACAUUUCAGAGUUUCCUAGUUCCGGCUAGAAUGUGAACGCGGCAAGACAGACCUGCGCGUGUGGCCUGUCGCUACUCACUACGUAGGCACAGAGUUUAAACUCUACUGUCUUUGACGUAUGUCUGCAACUGGCUUUCACUGUAAAACAUGGCGAGGCUUAGCGAGCAUGGGAUUCGUCUCAGUUCCAUGAGUCCGUCCUUCCUGAAUAGUAAUUCAACAAGUCAUACGUGGCCUUUCAGCGCAGUUGCAGAACUAAUAGAUAAUGCAUCAGACCCGGGAGUGACAGCCAGGCAGAUCUGGAUAGAUGUGGUGGAGGAGCAACAGCAGCUUUGUCUGUCCUUCACUGACAAUGGCAGCGGCAUGACCCCCAACAAACUGCACAAGAUGCUCAGUUUUGGUUUCACAGAGAAAGGUUCUGGUAAGGGAAGCCACCAGGCCAUCGGUGUCUAUGGAAACGGCUUUAAGUCUGGCUCCAUGCGUCUGGGUCGUGACGCUCUGAUCUUCACUAAGAACGGAGGCUGUUUGACCGUCGGCAUGCUGUCCCAGAGCUACUUACAGGCUAUAAAGGCACAGGCUGUCAUCGUCCCCAUAGUGCCCUUCAACCAACAGACCAAGAUGCUGGUAGUGACUGAGGACUCUGAGGCCAGUCUAAAUGCCAUCCUGACCCACUCUCUGAUCCACACCCAGCAGAAGCUGCUGCAGCACUUUGACUCCAUCCUGUCCAAGAAGGGCACCAAGAUCCUCAUCUGGAACAUACGCAGGAACAAAGAUGGUAAGCCAGAGCUGGAUUUCGAGAUCGAUGAGUUUGACAUCCGGAUUCCAGAGAUCCACUCAGAGGAGACCAAGACUAGAGGCAGGAAGAAGAGCUUUCCUGGACCGCAGAGGACUGAUCACACCAUCCCAGAGAUGGACUACUCACUGAGGGCCUACCUCAGCAUCUUGUACCUGAAGCCUCGGACUCAGAUCAUCCUGCGACAGAAGAAGGUUCAGACCAAGCUGGUUGCCAAGAGCCUGUCACAGAUCGAGAAUGACGUUUAUAAACCCCAAUUCAAUAAAGACCGGGUUAAGGUCACCUUUGGGUUCAACCGCAAAAACAAAGACCACUAUGGCAUCAUGAUGUACCACAAGAACCGCCUCAUCAAGUCCUAUGAGAAGGUUGGCUACCAGAUCAAGUCAUCAGGUCAGAGGGCAGGGGUCGGGGUUAUUGGUGUCAUUGAGUGCAACUUCCUGAAGCCGGCUCACAACAAACAAGACUUUGAAUACACCAAAGAGUACAGGCUGACCCUGUCGUCCCUGGGGCUGAAACUCAACGACUACUGGAAUGAGAUGAUGGAGAAAAAGGCGAGAGAACGAGAGUUCCUGGCAGCAGAGAAGAGGAAUGAAGAGGAAGAUUCAGAUGAGGAGGAGGGGGAAGGGGAGGAGAGUCCAGUGUGGCUGCAGUGUGAGGACUGUCUGAAGUGGAGGCAUGUCCCAGAAGGCCACUACAGCUCUACCCCUGAACACUGGAACUGCAGCCAGAACCCCAACACCAUGCUCAGGAGCUGCUCUUUGCCAGAGGAAGCCGAGCAGAGUGAAGCAGAGUUAACGCCAAGCUACCCGAAGAAGACCUACAAGAAGGACCAAGGCCUGGUCAGAAAACGAGGCCGUCCGCGGAAGCACCAUGUCCUCCCCCAAGGCCUGUCUGAACCGGUCCUCCUCCGCCCCCUACCCCCUGAUACACCCCUCCCUCUAUCUGAGCCGGUCCUCCUCCGCCCCCUACCCCCUGAUGCCCCCCUUUCUCUGCUCACAGAGGAGACUGAGGACAGUGAGCUGAAUAAGACAGUGGAUACACUGGUGGCCACUUUGGAGGAUGAGGAGGACAAAAUGGCGCAGUCCAUGUCUGGGUCAGACACAUGCGCACCCACACGCGCAUGCAAACGCACAUACAGCAGAAACAAGCGUAAGUCAAUAUGGCCGCCCAGGGACAUGGACAAGAGACCACAACCAUGGGCGGAGCCACACCCGUUCGCCGACGAGGUCCAAGAGGUGCAACAACCUGGGAAAGACGUCAAUGAACCACAGACACUGACUGGGCAGACAGAGAAGACCAAGGGGGAGAAGGCACUACUGGGGGCCACCAGAGUAGGCCCUUCCCAGCCCAGCUCCAGCCUUGCCUGGCCUCCCUCCCUCCCCUCAGCCCAGACGGUGGUGGUGUCCCCCCUGAGUCGUCCGGAGGGCCCCUGGCCCCGGGCUCUGACCCUUGAGGGGCCUGGGUCAGACAGAGGAGCCCUGGUCCAGAGACUGGCUGGACUGGAGAAGGAGGCUCAGAGGCUGAGGAGGAUACUGGGGUCCACUGCACUCCCAGCGACGCCAGACAACGUGGUGAUGACAGAGGCUCCCUCUGGGGAUAAGGCAGCUGCUGGGGUGGGGGUGGAGACACCGGUGGCCAUGGUAACCAAACUGGACCAAAUGGAGUGUGAGAGCUCCGCGUCCCCCAGUGGCCCUGGGGUUCCAGGGCUGGUUGUGGAUGGCAUCCAGCCCCAGAGAGAACAGCCUGAGCUGGGCAGACUGAGGAGGGAGAAGGCUGACCCCCAGAGCAGGCUGAGACAGACUGACAGCCCAGUGACCAGGGACCAGAGCUCCCGCAUUGUGCUGGAGAAUCUCCACAAAAUCCGAGGGAACGUGGUGGCUCUGCUGUCAGCCAUCCUACCCCACCUGGACCUGCAGGGCAUCAGCCUGGACACCCCAGACGUAGACAGCAUCCUGCAGCAGAUCAUAGAUGCCAACUCACUGUCUCCACUCUAGAACCCACUCUCAGUGCUCUAGAACCCACUCUGUGCCCUAGAACCUCACUCUCAGUGCCCUAGAACCUCACUCUCAGUGCCCUAGAACCUCACUCUCAGUGCCCUAGAACCUCACUCUCAGUGCCCUAGAACCUCACUCUCAGUGCCCUAGAACCUCACUCUCAGUGCCCUAGAACCUCACUCUCAGUGCUCUAGAACCUCACUCUCGGUGCUCUAGAACCUCACUCUCAGUGCUCUAGAACCUCACUCUCAGUGCUCUAGAAACUCACUCUCUGACUGCUAGGAACUCACUCUCUGACCGCUAGGAACUCACUCUCUGACCGCUAGGAACUCACUCUGACCUCUAGGAACUCACUCUUUGACCGCUAGGAACUCACUCUCUGACCGCUAGAAACACACUCUGCAUUAGUACUUAUUCUCACCAGUCUACAGUCGUGGCCAAAAGUUGAGAAUGACACAUAUUUAUUUUCACAAAGUCUGCUGCCUCAUUUUGUAUGAUGGCAAUUUGCAUAUACUCCAGAAUGUUAUGAAGAGUGAUCAGAUGAAUUGCAAUUAAUUGCAAAGUCCUUCUAUGACAUGCAAAUGAACUGAAUCCCCCAAAAACAUUUCCACUGCAUUUCAGCCCUGCCAGAAAAGGACCAGCUGACAUCAUGUCAGUGACUCUCUCGUUAACACAGGUGUGAGUUGUUCUUCCUCUGUCAUUGUUCUUCCUAUGUCAACCAUGUUAACCUGCAAGGAAACACGUGCCGUCAUAAUUUCUUUGCACAAAAAGGGCUUCACAGGCAAGGAUAUUGCUGUCAGUAAGAUUGCACCUCAAUCAACCAUUUAUCUGAUCAUCAAGAACUUCAAGGAGAGCGGUUCAAUUGUUGUGAAGGGCGCCCAAGAAAGUCCAGCAAGCACCAGGUCCGUCUCCUAAAGUUGAUUCAGCUGCGGGAUCAGGGCACCAUCAGUACAGAGCUUGCUCAGGAAUGGCAGCACGCAGGUGUGAGUGCAUCUGUACGCACAGUGAGGCAAAGACUUUUGGUGGAUGGCCUGGUGGGCAGCAAAGAACAGGAAAAACAUCAGGGACAGACUGAUAUUCUGCAAAAGGUACAGGGAUUGGACUGCUGAAGACUGGGGUAAAGUUAUUUUCUCUGAUGAAUUCCCUUUCUGAUUGUUUUGGGCAUCCAGAAAAAAGCUUGUCCGGAGAAGACAAGGUGAGCGCUACCAUCAGUCCUGUGUCAUGCCAACAGUAAAGCAUCCUGAGACCAUUCAUGUGUGGGGUUGCAUCUCAGUCAAGGGUUACCACAAUUUUGCCUAAGAACACAGCCAUGAAUAAAGAAUGGUACCAACACACCCUCCGAGAGCAACUUCUCCCAACCAUCCAAGAACAGUUUGGUGACGAACAAUGCCUUUUCAAGCAUGAUGGAGCACCUUGCCAUAAGGCAAAAGUGAUAACUAAAGUGGCUCGGGAAGCAAAACAUAGAUAUUUUUGGUCCGUGGCCAGGAAACUCCCCAGAACUUAAUCCCAUUGAGAAUUUGUGGUCAAUCCUCAAGAGGCGGGUGAUUAUGCAUUGAUUAUGAAAGAAUGGGCUGCCAUCAGUCAGGAUGUGGCCCAGAAGUUAAUUGACAGCAUGCCAGGGCAGAUUGCAGAGGUCUUGAAAAAGAAGGGUCAACACUGCAAAUAUUGACUCUUUGCAUCAAAUUCAGGUAAUUGUCAAUAAAAGCCUUUGACACUUAUGAAACUUAUGAGAUUUAUGCUUGUAAUUAUACUUCAGUAUUCCAUAGUAACAUCUGACAAAAAUAUCUAGACACUGAGGCAGCAGACAUUGAAUUAAUAUUUGUAAUUCUCAAAACGUUUGGCCACGGACAGUACUGUAGGUAACAUGUUGUUUCUUUGCUCAUACCAACCUGGAACCCCUGUCUAUGGUGCAAUGUCCACGGCACUUUAUCCACACACUGACUUACAUUGUAACGGAUGACCCUCCAAUAGCCCUACUGACUGUCACAUUGUAAAUACUUUAUCUCCAAUUGACCCUGCCACAGUUCAGAUGUGUUAUACUGUACUCACUGAGUGUGAGAUGUUGUUGAAAAGUUGUAAUACUGUCCUCCGAUCAGCUUGCUAUGCUUUAAGUUUUACCUUCACCAUAUGGGAAGGAUCCAUAUUGGUAACCAGCGGUCUCUGCUUCAAUUAUCUGUGUGUCAUUCAGAGACCAUGGCUUGUGUGAGAGAAGCAUGUGUGUGUUUCAUCAUUGAUGUUGUUUUUAUUAUCUCAAUGUGCCAUGAAAAAUUCAAAAUACUGUAAGCCUGAACUUAACCAGCCCUGUCGUUACAAUGUUUUACUGUUUCUUUGCUUGGAUAUCUUUUUUAAAGAAAAUCAAUCAGA